GCACUUUCCAACGCAAGUUGCCCUUUGACGCAGGGGCACAUUUUUGCAUUUGAACAACGAGACUAUGGAGUGGCAUGUCGAGGGCAGCGAGGCGCUGCGCAUCCAAGCCGAGAUGCAGGCGACCGCGUUGGACUACAUGGCCCGACAGUGCCCUCCCAUCUCGCGCGACACGCAAGCGGUUGACGACGGCUUCAAGCUCGCCAGCACCAAAAUCGGCCGCGUCUACACGCGGCGCGCCGACAACUCGUCCUUCAACGAGCUCCUCGUGCUCAACACGCUGCCGAUGCGCUUGGACGAGGUGGGUGAGCUCCAGCACGCGUCGUCCAACGACGCAUUCCGCGUCGAAAUGGCCUUGUACUACGGCGACGACUUUCGCGACGCUGCCAUCUUGCACACAUCGGUGACCGCCUCGACCCGCGACCCGUUCCAGUGGUUUGGCGUCAAGUACAAGAAGCUCAACAUCCCGGGCAGUGGCUUUACCGACGGCCGCGACAUCGUCUACUUUGAGUACAUGGCGACGGCGGUGGACGCGGCCGGCCACCGGACACUGCUCAUCGUGCGCGACUCGAGCUACCUCGAAGGCUACCCGGUGCAACCGCACGUUGUCCGGAUGUACAUCAAGGCGAUCUUUGUCUACACCGAGAUGCCGUCGGGCGACGUCGCCUCCAUGCACCUUGCAUUCAUGAACCCCGGCGGCGUCGUACCCGCCUUCCUCUUCAACAAGCACAUGAUCAAGUACGGCGGUCUCUGCCACAAGUUCCCUCGCUUCUUGCAGCAAAAGCGGCUCUUGCUACGCGUCGCGGCCGACGGGCCGGCCAAAAGGCACCAAGACCACGGCCGCUGUGUGGCCUGCGACACGAAGAUCUCGGGCUUGAAGGCCCGGUACAACUGCCGCGCGUGCGGCGACGUCAUGUGCGCGCACUGCAUCGUACAAGUGCCGCGACCGCUCGUGACCAAGCUCGCGCCGUUCGUGUCCAAAGACGACUACUGCAAACGGUGCUUUGUCGGCAGCGCCCGCCAGCCGAGCUAUGCCGUGGUACACUCGCCGAGCCACAAGACAAAUAUGGCGCAGCAGCUCGCACACUCGGAGCGGCCGCGUCGGUCCAAGGCGCAUGCGCUGACGGGCGAAAACACUCUUGUCGCCUCGGGAUUGCAUCAUACGUCGCCGGGGUUGAGUCGACGGGAGGUGCCAACGACUGCCAACGAGCCGACCGUGACCGCGGUUGUCGCGGCCACCAAGACGCUCGACGACCCGUUUUUUGAGCGCAUGCAGUCGUCGAUCGAGACACAAAAGCAAAUCGUCCUCAACAUGCGCGAGCGCCUCGCGCGUCAACAGCAACCACAUCCCUAAUCUCGGCCAACUCUAUAACUUAAAAAAUCGC